CCGUGCGCAUGCGCAGAGCGAUUGUGUUUUCCAGUACCAAUCGUGUCGUAAAACGCAACAUAGCAGUAUGGUCUUUAAGUCUGCAUUAUUCUUUCAUUUUUGUAUUUGUACUUAGUCGUCCAUCGUAUGAACAAAUACACUAUUAGUUAUUCGUGUCAGGAUUAACUCAACUCCUCGCAGUGAACUUUGAAGCGUUUCUUCUCAGGCUUAGCUUGCUAGCUAGUUGAGCUCGCUGGUUACCUUAGCUUGUUAGCUGCUAACAAAAAGACGCGGAAGUGAUCAACACAUCGCUAAGCAGAGAUCAAGUACGUCUGUGAGGAACAUCUUCUCCCUGAGCAACAGGAGUGGAGCCUCAGGAUGGUGAAAGAGGAGCCACAGCCUUACCACAUUAAGGAGGAAGACGAGGCGCCACAGACCCUGCAAAUUCAAAAGGAAGAGGAGGACCUACUGACCCUCCCUUUUAAGGUGGAAGAGAAGUUCACAUUGAACCUUCAAUUUAAAGAGGAAGAGGAGUACCCACUGACUCCCCAUUUUAAAGAGGAAGGAGGGGAACACAGCAUCAGUCAGGAGGGAGAGUAUCUUGAAGGACUGGGGGAGGUUGAUGUCACCAAGAUGCCAUUGACUGGUGUGAUUGUGAAGAGUGAAUAUGAUGAGGUCAAAGGUGAAAGUGAGGAGAAGAGAGAGGCGGAUGGAGACCACUGUGGAGGAUCACAACCAGACAAGAUCUUAGCUCCACUAUCAGAUAGUGACGACACAACGUCUCACUCUCCUGACACUGAUGAUGAAGAAUAUAAAGAUGAUAAGACAUGUCACACUGACAACACAUACUUUACAUGUUCUCACUGUGACAAAACUUUUAACUACCAUUGUCGUCUGAAAGUACACAUGAGAACACAUACUGGAGAAAAACCUUUUUCCUGCUCAGAAUGUGGUAAAUAUUUUGUCCAAAAAAAGUAUUUAAAGGUACACAUGAGAUUGCACACCGGUGAAAAACCUUUUUCGUGUUCAAUCUGCGGAGAAUGUUUUACACGAAGACAGUGUUUGAAAAAACACAUACGAUUACACACUGGGGAAAUACAUUUUUCAUGUUCAAUGUGUGGUAAAAGUUUAAAACAAAGUAGUGAUUUGAAAAAACACAUGAGAAUACACACUGGAGAAAAACCCUUUUCUUGUUCAAUCUGUGGUAAAGAUUUUGCUCAAAAGCAAAAUUUAAAAACACACUUGAGAAUACACACUGGAGAAAAACCUUUUUCCUGCCCAGAAUGUGGUAACUGUUUUGCACGAAAAAAUUGUUUGAAAAAACACAUGGAAAAACACAUUGGAGAAAAACAUUUUUCUUGUUUAAUUUGUGGUAAAGAUUUUGUACAAAGACAAACUUUAAAAACACAAAGGAGAAUACACACUGGAGAAAAAACACUUUGCUGCCCAGAGUGUGGUAAAGGUUUUGCACAAAAAAAUGUGUUGAAAGAACACAUGACAACACACACACGAGAGAAAGUGCUGAGUUGCCGUGUGUGUGGUGAAAUAUUAUCUUCUAAGUACCAGUGUAAGAAACACAAGUGUGCUGGUGAGAACAGCAGCAGCAAAUGAAGCUGCGGGAUUUCAAAUAAACUGUCAAAACUUUAACUUUGACUUACUAACAACAUCAGCACAUAUAACAUGUGUGACAUCAUUGUUGUGUGUGUAACACAAUCUUGUCAAUAUGAUUCUAACAUGUAUAGAUGAGAUAUUUUGGAUUAAUGCUUUUUUCAAUCAAGUACAUGGUUUAAUAUACAACAUUGUGUACUUUUAUUUAAAAAUGAACAUAACACUUUGACUGAAAAGGUGAGAAUAAACAGGACAAAACAUGUUACAAAUUCAUUGUAUGUGUAUAUACUGUAGAUUAUUGUAAAUCAUUUUUAUUUGUGUUUUUAAUUGUUAAUGUUAUAGAUGAACUCCAUUGUGUGAUAUACAUAUUUGUUUUACAUUUGUUCACUUUUGAGUACACAUAAAUCCCUCUUAGUUCAUAUUUACUGGUUCACAUCUGAAACAUCUUCUGGACCACUUCUGGAAGCAUAUUGUUAUUUACUUUAUACAUCAGUUGAGCAGUUGUGUUUUAUACAAUAGCAUUUAUUUUUAAAAUGUGUGACUUUAUCAAUCAUUUGUUGGGUCUCGAUAAUCCAUUUUAUUAUGUUUAUUACUCUCUUUUGAAUAUUGUUUUAUAUGUUUGUUCCCUUUAUGCAAUAUGCAGCUUAGAGAAGAUGGCAACAUUAUAUG